CAUAAUUCAUGAAUGAAUAUGUUUGAAAUAAUAUCGUUCAGUAUCAAUGCAUUUAAUUGAAUCAUUUAUAUGCUGAUGGAACGAGAAUAAAAAGGUCCAUUAUCACUUUGGUUCGGAUGAAUCAUCCACAACCAUUAUUAUUACGACAAUGAUAUGGCUGCAGCAUUACCCUAUCGUUAUAGACGAAUUAAUUUGAAUGGAACUCUUCUGAGAAUAGCAUCGAAUUUGGAGCCGCCAUGGUGGUUUUUAAAAAAUCCGGAUGAUCCGCCUUAUGAUGGUUUGUCAUAUCCAUUUCUUCUGUUCCUGGCCGAAUACUUGAAUUUUAAAUGGGAACUCAUCGAUCAAGAUGGUGAUUGGGGCUUAAAACGAUUUUCUGACCAUAAUUUUACCGGUCUAGUCGGUUCCAUCUUAUCGGGUCGGACCCAUUUUGCAAUGGGAGGUGUUUCAAAUUCGAUUCCAUUGUUUAACAAUUUAACUGCUUCAUCCGAUUUUAUUCAAAUUUCUCGUAUCACUUAUUUAACGUUGAAAUCUGGAUCAAAAAUUGAUUCUGGUGUAAUUUUUUCUCCAUUCGAUCCAAUUGCUGGUUCAUUAAUGGCUUUUUCCUGUGUAUUUACAAUAAUAUUAGCAAUCAUACUACGUAAAUUGAUAAAAAUUCAAGUCAAUUUUCCUUGGUUUGUAUUUCAAGCAUUUCUUCAUCAAUCCUUCAAAUAUCCAACUAUCAAUUGGUUUGGCAUUAAUUUUUUAAUUCAAAUUUGCUGUUGGACCGGUUUAUUCUUUUAUCAGGCUUACAGUUUGAUAAUAAUUUCUAGAUUAACCGAUAUCGAAAGUUAUAAUGUCAUAUCAGAUGUGCAACAAUUUUCUGCUAUGGCUGCUCAACAGAAGCUGAUACCGGUAAUGAGUGAAAAAUCUCCCUAUUUUGAUAUAUUUGAAAAAUAUAAGAAGGCCGACAAAAUUUAUAAAAUUUUAUGUAAAAAUAUGAAAAAAGCUGAUUCUCAUGAAGAUGCCAUUUAUCAAAUGAUCAAACAUCAACACGAUAUUGAAUUUGGAAAUUUUUCACCAGUAAGAAACCCGUCAUUCUAUUCGGUCAUUGGGACAUUUAAAUAUCUGAACAUGUUUGCCAAUCGUUUGGGUUCACAAUACUUUGUUUAUAAAGAUGAUAUAGAUACAGCUUUUUUUACCGAUUAUUAUGGUCUACUGUUUCGAGCAAAUUCCACAAUGAUUCCAUAUUUUAAUCAAUGCAUUAAGAUCGCACGCGAAUGUGGUUUUUUUGUCAAAUGGUUUGUUUAUGACAAACCAGUAUGGACGAAAAAAUUUCCUGAAUUAGAAUCAAUGUUAUCACGUUUGAAUCAAAAUAGGAAAUUAGACAAUGCAUCGAGUAAUCAAUCAACCAAAUUGACGUUAAAUGUUACACAUUACUUGUUCGAUACCUAUUUUAUAUGUUUAUCAUCAUUUUUUCUUGUAUUCAUCAGUGAAAUUAUUUGGAGAAUAAUAAAAGUUUCAAAAUAA